AUGAAUGAAGAUGGAUCUGUUUCGCAACAUGACGUCGUCGAUGAAAUAAAGCAGUAUAUUGACUGUAGGUACGUUUCUCCAAGUGAAGCUGCUUGGAGAAUUUAUGCUUUUCCUAUUCAUGGAAGAAAACCAGCUGUAGAAAGACUUCAUUUUCAUGCUGAGGGACAAAAUUCUAUUUUCUAUACUGAUGUCAGCCCUAUUACCACAGUCCUUGAUAAACCGAGCAUUACUGAGUCAAUGUUUACAUCUUGGUUUGAAGCCAAAAAGAAAUACGACGAAGCGCGCCAACUAACGUAUAGCAAUUUUGUUUCGAAGAUGAUGCUAACACAUGUUAAAGGACCGAAAAGCUAUGAUGAAAUAAAGACAGUAAACAAUGUUAAGUACGAUACUUUCCGUGAUGCAUGUUUUGCUAUGGGAUUUAUUGGGGAUGAUCAAGAAUUCAUAUCUGCAAUAACAGAAGCAUUUCAUUGGGGUUCUGGAUAUUAUUUGAGAUUACUUUUUGUUCACAUGUUAUUGUCAAGUAGCAUUAAUAGGCCUAAGCAUGUCUGGAGUAAAACUCGACAUCUGUUAUCUGAUGGAAUUCUUUAUUCUCAGCAAAGGAUUGCAAACAACAAAGGUCUGCGGCUAACAAAUGAAGAAAUUUUGAAUUUAACAUUGAUUGAAAUUGAAAAACUUCUUCGGCGAAGUCGAAAGAGUUUAAGUGAUUUCCCUGGAAUGCCAAAACCACAGGGUUACAUAAUUGAGGAGCUUGGAAAUAAUUUAAUAUAUGAAGAGCGAAACUACGAUCCUGCUGAACAACUUCAAGAGUUUAAUACGCUGUAUAAUAACCUCACAGAUGAACAAAGAGAUGUUUUCAAACAAAUCUUGACGGCUGUUGAUACCGAGAAUGGAGGCGUAUUCUUUCUGUAUGGAUACGGCGGUACAGGCAAAACAUACAUGUGGAGAACAUUAGCUUCUUACAUAAGAUCAAGAAGACAAAUAUGCUUGACAGUUGCCUCUUCAGGUAUUGCAUCCCUGUUUCUCCCCGGUGAUCGAACGACACAUUCUAAAUUUAAGAUUCCAAUUCCCACACUUGAAUCUUUGACAUGCGACAUUAACAAGGGUAGUGACAGGGGGGACUUACUAAAAGUAUCGAAAUUGAUUAUUUGGGAUGAAGCUCCGAUGUGUCACAAAUUUUGUUUUGAAGCUUUGGAUAAAACCCUCAGAGACAUCAUGGGUGGAUCCAGGUCAUCAGAUAAAAUAUUUGGUGGUAAGGUAAUUGUGUUUGGUGGCGAUUUCAGACAGAUUCUACCGGUUAUUCCAAGAGGCAGUUGUUCAGAUAUAAUUCAUGCAACUAUCAAUUCAUCAUACAUUUGGGAUCAUUGUAAGGUUUUGAAACUUACAAAAAACAUGAGGCUUCAACAAUCUGGGACGACUGCAUCAGCAUCUGAGUUAGAACAGUUUUCAAAUUGGAUAUUAAAAGUUGGAGAUGGAAAACUAGCAGAACCUAACGAUGGCUAUGCUGAUAUUGAUAUUCCAGCAGAUAUUUUGAUAUCAAAUUUUGAUGAUCCCCUUCGAGCAAUAUUCGAAAACACUUAUCCAAAUUUUGAAGCUAACUUCAAUAAUAUAGCUUUUCUGCAGUCAAGGGCAAUAUUGGCUGGAACAAUUGAGAGAGUAGAUGAAACAAAUCACCAUGUAUUAGAUAAUCUCCCAGAGGACGAAAAGGAAUACUUAAGCUCUGAUUCAGUCGAUACGCAUGAUGGUGAUGGCAAUGAAUCUUUUGAUGUUUUAACUCCUGAGUUUUUGAAUGCAUUGAGAACGUCAGGACUUCCUAAUCAUAAGAUCAGAUUGAAAGUAAAUACUCAAAUCAUGCUGCUCAGGAAUAUUGAUCAAGCAGAAGGUUUAUGCAAUGGAACACGUCUAAUUGUUACAAGAUUGGCUGAUCAUGUUAUUGAAGCCAAAAUAAUUUCAGGCAAGAACAUCGGCGGUAUCAUUUAUAUUGCAUGA